AUGUUCGCGUACAUGACCAACCUCGCCAAAAAGAAGAUAGAGAUACUUCCCGCGUCUAAACCUAUAGGUGCGGAUUCCCUAAAAAAAGUGAAUCACACCGCGGUUAGGGUUUGCUCGUGCCGCCCUUUCCUUACGGCGCGGUUCCCCUUUCCUCCCGCCACAAUCCCCCCUUCCUCACGCCACGCUUCCCCAUCCCGCGCCCGUCGCGCUGCUAUUUCCUCCCGUCCAUUCCCCCACUCCCCACACGCCAAUCCUCCCUUUCACCACGGCGAUGCUCUUCACUUCCCCCUCCCGUCGCCUUCAUUUCCCCCUCCCGUCGCCUUCACUUCCCCCUCCCGUCGCCUUCACUUCCCCUCCCGUCGCCUUCACUUCCCCCUCCCGUCGCCUUCACUUCCCCCUCCCGUCGCCUUCACUUCCCCCUCCCGUCGCCUUCACUUCCCCCUCCCGUCGCCUUCCCUUUCCCCUCCCGUCGCCUUCACUUCCCCCUCCCGUCGCCUUCACUUCCCCCUCCCGUCGCCUUCCCUUCCCCCUCCCGUCGCCUUCCCUUCCCCUCCCGUCGCCUUCACUUCCCCCUCCCGUCGCCUUCACUUCCCCCUCCCGUCGCCUUCCCUUCCCUCUCCCAUCGCCCUCGCUCCCCCCUCCCAUCGCCCUCUCUUCCCCGGCUCACCUUGUUUCGCCUGCUCCUUCGCUUCCCCCGGCUCACUCUGUCCACCUCCACUGCUCCUUCUCACCCCCCUCUCCCCCCAAAUCCCCUACCCACUCUUCCUCAAGUUGUUGGUUCACUUGCGCCAACGCCUCCAGCACCAAUGCUCCCCUUUUUCCCACUCCCACCAUCGCCUUUCCACCCCCCCUCCCCCCCUUCUCCUGCAGUCGCUGGUUCACUUGCGCCAUUUGUGA